AUGGAACCUCUCGCGGAAUCGUCGGCUCUGAUGGUUGUGACCUCUUCGCUAUCCGAACCGGAGACAACAACCGUCGAGUUGUGCACGGAUGGAGACGCCACCCUCGUCUUUGGGCACAAGCGCUUCGUGGUUUCUAGCGAGAUACUCAAAAUUUCCUCAGACUAUUUCAAGGCUUUAUUUGGCCCAAAUUUCCAGGAAGGCAAAGUGAUCCAGAAUGGAGGCAAUCCCGAGAUCGUUCUACAUGACGAUGACGCGGAGGUGAUGGAACUGAUCCUAUCAAUCUUGCAUUACCACUUCGAGGACGGUUAUCGCCGUCUUGAACCACAGAUGAUACUCAAGGUGGCUGAUCAUGGCGAUAAAUACCAAUGCAAUAGACCUCUCACGCCGUGGAUUACGCAGUGGAUGCAAAAAGCACCAGAGGACGGCUCUGUCAAGGACUUCGACUAUCUUCUUACUGCUGCUUAUGUCUUUGGGGCCGAAGAACAUGUAAAUACAAUCUCUGUGGCUGCAAUUCGAAAUCUACCACCAAAUUUCCAUAUUAAUACUCAAGAUGAGCUGUUUCUUCCCCAAGCCCUACAGAGUUCGUUCAAAAAAUUGUGCCAAUAUAAGGGCCUGUGCUAA